GUUACUCGACGGUCACACCGAAAAGCGAUAAUAAUUUUUGGCCAGCGAUAUUGGAUAAUAUAAAUAAAGCGCAUCGCCAAGGAAACCUCGAUCGAAAUUAGCAGCUGGACAGAAAGUGGGCCAGCAGGAGCAGCGAACAGCCGCCCAAACACAUACAUAGAAACACACGCCAUGCCCACACAAACCCAGCUGGGGCCGCUCCAGCGGCUAUUCGCAGAACCCUUCCUGCUCAUUCUGAUCUUCCUGCUUACCCUGGGCGCCAGCGGCGAAAAGGUUCUGCAAGAGGGUUUUCUAGGGCUCCAGGAGCCACCAGUCCAAGACUUGGGCGAACUGCUGCGCGACCUUCGGCUCGUGCCGUCCCGCCUAGACUUUGGAACGUGGUCCGUCGGCCAGGCGCGUUCUCAAACGGUAACGCUGUUCAAUCAGCACGCCAAUCGAACGCUCCAGCUGAAUGCGGUGGCAGGGCCAAGCCCGGCGUUCUACAGCAGCUUUCUGGGCACUAGGGAGGUGCCGCCACAGGGUAAUACCACUUUCAGCGUGGUAUUUCUGCCACGGCAACUGGGCGCCAUUGCCGCCGACUUGCUCAUCCAUACCUCUUUCGGCCAGGCCGAAUUGGCAGUACAAGGUGAGGGCAGCGAGUGUCCGUACCGCCUAAAGCCGUUGGUGGGUAUCAAGGCGCCCAUGAAUGCGACGCUUACGCCGGAGAUACAUAUGUACAAUCCGCACGAACGGCCGUUGCAGAUACUCGAGAUAUACAGCAGCGGUGGCGAAUUCCAGUUGGAACUGCCUACCGGUGGUUCGGAAGGUCCACAAAAUCUGUGGGAGAUUCCGCCACACACUUUGAAGCCGGUCAUAAGGAUCUCUUUCCACGGCCGCACCGCUGGCAACCACAGCGCAUACAUACGGAUCAAGAUCGCCGAGCAGGAAAUGGAUCUUGGCCUGGAGAAUGUCCUAGUUAUUCCAGUCGAGUUCGAAAUCUUGCCACGGCAUUUUCCGUACGCCCGCAAUCCGCUGGCGGACUUCGGCCGUGUGGCCACUUCAAAUGUCCCUGAUGCCCUGCAGUUCAAGUUGGAUGUUCGGAACGAUGAUAGCCGCCUACUCUUCGGCACCUACCUUCGUCCGAUUCCGGGUCUUUCAUUUGACGCCAACAACACGAGUAUCGUGUUGGAUCCUAGAAUGCUUGAAGGCAGCGAAAUCAUAAAUGAUCUACUGGUGAUCAAAAGUAACCAGUCUAGUUCCAGUCCUGAGACAGAUGAGUCAUUCACAGUGCUGGUGAGAGCAGAGAUCUUCCACGGAGGGCUUAUUUUUGAUGGAAACGUCACAAAGUUUGUAACCACCUCACCAGAAGGCGGAGAGGGUGCACCGCUGGAGAUGAAGCGAUCCCUAGUGGUGCGGAACAACUUCGCCAUGCCUCUCCUUCUGUUCAACGUAAGCCUCACCGAGCCCGUUGACGAAUCCAUUUUAGAAGUAACCUUAUUGGGCGAUACCAGAAUACAGCUUCAGCCAGGCGAAUCCGUGGAACUGCUUCAUCUGAACCUACUAAACGACCAGGUGCCGUUCAAUUCCUUUUUGAAGAUCGAAACGAACGUCACUGUCUUUAAGCUUCCGUUGGUCUCAUGCAGUGGACGCCUACAUGUGUCCACGCAGCCAUUUGUGCUUAAUUUUCGCCAGGAACCGCUGGAGGAAAAAUCAAAUAACCUGGAGCUAGAUCUAGGCACUGUGCCAUUUGCUGAGAUGUCGCGCGACGGCUUCGUGAUUUUACGCAACGAUAACCCGGUGCCCGUAAAGAUCACUAAUUGGUUUUUCAAGCACCCAAAAACAGUUUACUCUCAGAGCACCUUUUUGGGAUGUCGGGCCACGGGAAGCAGAGAUCUUGUGAAUGUCGAUAACGAGACUAAGGGUUGGCAUUUAUGCACAGAACUUCGUGCCGGCGAAAUCGCCGUAUUUAAGGUGGCCAUACAAACGUACGAAGCGGAUGCCACGUCUGGAACCCUUAAGGUGUGGACACCGCACGAGGUAAUUCGCGUGCGCGUCAAGUUUGAGGCCUCUGUUGGCCACUUGGAGAUUGAACAGGAGCAGCUUAACUUUAAAAACUGUUUUCCCGGUAAAAUGUGCACCGCAGUGCUAAGCAUACGAUCGAGUUUCACACAUCCUGUGCACGUCAAAGGCAUAUCCUUUGCCCUUUCGGUAGGCCUGCGUUUCAAAGACUUUAACGCCAAGGGCACUACGAUUGCCCCCCAAACUCUGACGAAGGUUGGGCGCAUUUAUUUCGAGCCGGCAGCUGUGUGUCGGAAUCAGUGCUACAUCAAGGAGUCCACGGAUAAUCUAGCCAUCUUUCCCAAUGUUCCAGGUGGAGGCGAUGGAAACGGUGGCGUAAUCAACAAUAAUCUCCUCUAUGAUGGAGUGGAGUUGAGACAACGCACUGAACUCUUUAGGCAAUUGCGGCGCCAACUGUCAUCCAUGUCUUUAACGCUACAUAGCGGGGAAUUACCGCCUUUGGAGCUGGACUUUUCCAUAACCAUUGAGUGGCCAAAGCUGGUGCAGUUUCAACCAAUUCCACCAACGCCGGCUAUAGAAGUUGGCCAAGUGCAGCGCCAGUGGAUCACGCUGACAAAUCCAUCCCAAAACCCGCUUCUGAUCGAUUACUUCCUUUCGGAUCCGGCUUUUGCACGUCGCACACAAUUAUCCCUUCCACACGAGGUUAUUGACGUGAGCUCUACGAGUUGCUAUCUCACCGACAAGGAAGUUUUUUCCCUGCCAGAUGCUGGAGAUCCCAUUUUGCUUCCAGGAGGUGCUAGUCUAAAUAUCCCCAUCACCUUCAGCGCUCAGCUGCCAGAGAAGUACUGUACCCUGCUGCACGUGAGAAGCAAUCUUACACUAUAUGAGGCAGUUUGGCUGCAGGCCCGUGCGGUACAGUCGCAGUUCCGGUUUGGAAAUCGUCGACCGGGAUCAGCAUCGCCCUUACUGUUUGAAAUGGCUACCGACCAAUUUCUGGGCUGUAAGUCUGGGAACGGAGCAGUGGUAGCAACUCGUAGCUUUACGGCUCGAAAUUCUGGUGUAAUUCCCAUGAGGAUCGAAGGCUUCCUAAUUGGCUCAUUGCCAUGUGAGGAUUUUGGCUUCAAAGUGAUGGACUGCGAAGGAUUCGAUCUUGGCGAAAACGAAACCAAAAAAGUGGAAAUAGCUUUCAGCGCGGACUUUACUUCUUCGAGGGUAAAACGCUCCCUGACGUUGUUAACGAACCUCACUUACGACAUAAGCUAUCUUCUCCUUGCACAAAUGCCUGCGGAAAGUGUGGAACUAUGCGCCUCUCUUCUGGUAAGGCCUGCGUGGGAGUCCUCCUUAAAAAACGCCGCUCUUUUAGUGCUGAUGGUCAGUUUUGGACUUGUUUUGGUAGCGGCAGUUUUUGAUGCGAAAGCGAUUAUGGCUCAACAAAGUGCAUAUGAUGCGGCCAGGAACAAAGGACCCUUGCAACCCACUUUUAAUCUACGGAAUAUAGUGAAACUGCAGGCGGAAGAAACAGCAGCUAAGGCGGAGGCUAUGCAGCAACAACAAAAGGCCAGAAAUGGCCAACUUAAAGAACUACGCAAACGAAGUGUAGUUAACUCAACAACUAAGUCAAAGUCAAAGUCCUCCUGGUCACCAUGGAGCAUGGACAUGAAUGCGCUAAGUAAGCACCUUCAAAAAUCAAAACCAAAGACAGUAGUAAACACUCCAGUUUUACCACCAGCUGCCGCGCCUCUACCAGAAGCAAAACCCGUAAAAAAACCGUCUACUCCAUCGCCCCAGGCUGUCAGUUCAGUUCAAGUUCGACCCCAGAAAAAAGCAAAACCGACUGUAGUGCCCCUUGGGCUACCUAAACCAAAGCCGGAAUCCGGAACUCCUAUUGUAGAACAACUUGAAAAACCCUCGGCCAAAUCGAGUCCCCCACAGCAGGAGAACAUAUCCCCCAAGCCCAAUAAGACUCCUGAAGCACGCGUGCUUAAGGAACAGAACGGGUCGGUCAAGAAAAUUGGUAAGACUCCAGGAAGAGAGCGGGAAAGAGAGCGCCGCAAGGACCAAAAGAUGACAAACGGUUCAGGGACGGGAGUGGGAUACAAAAAACCAGAACGGAAGCAGCGCCAAAAGCUAAACUUUGGGCUUACAACAAACAGCGCAUCGCCACCAGCAUCGCCAGAUGCUCUCAAGAGCAUAAGUACUUGGGAGACAAGCAGUGGGGUGUCCUUCAGGGAUAUGGUGACCUCACCAUUUGCACUGCAGGCAACGCAAUUUGCACCAUCGGACCAUGGCUUCGGUUGGAGUCAUGGAUCGACUUCGAGUGACCUCGGUCCAAUUGGGGACAGCCGCAAGAACUCCACGCCACCAACGUUGCCAUCGCCUUGGAAACCGCUUUCAGCUACGGACAGCAGUUCGUUGUUUGCCAACAGAAUGACUCCAGUAGAUGUUAACUACGAGCAUAGGGAACGCGAUGAGAAUCAGUGGGAGCAGCGAAGCGACUUGGUCUUGCAGCAGCAGAUAGUUCUUCAACAGUCCCAGCAACUGGAGAUUCAGCCAAGGCAGCAGGAAAAGCUUUCGUAUAUGGGGGCUAUGGACCCAAGCAACUGGUCCACUAACUGGUCACCUUUGGGAUACUCUUCUUGGCCGGACACAACAUCUAGCAUGGGUGUUAUUCGUCCUCCACCAGGCCUGGAGCAGAACGCACGGCAGACGCACAAUAACCUUGCACAAGUUUCGGCCUCGGCGGGAGCGGCAUCUGGAAUUGGGCCUGCCGUUCCCGGUGAAAGCCUGCCUACGCAGUACGAUCCAUUCACCUCGCCCAGCUCAAUCUGGUCCGAUACAUGGCGCCAGUCCUCGCAACGCAACAACCAUAACCACAUGAACUGAAGAAAUAAGGAGCAAGCUCACUGAUCAAACUGAAUCAACCAAAUGAAAUUCUUACCACUUAGGAACUUAGGAUACGCGACGAUGGAGGAACGCUGAAUGAUCUUUUCCAAUUUGACUUUUGACUAAUAAACGCAAAGAUAAAUAACUUUCA